CAUGGAUCAGUUUGCAUAUGUUAAAAUACUUGAAGAGGUCAUGUUGCCCUAUGCUGAAGAGGACAUGCCCUUGAAAUGGUUGUUUCAACAAGACAAUGACCCAAAACACACUAGUAAACGGGCAAAGUCUUGGUUCCAAACCAACAAAAUUAAUGUUAUGGAGUGGCCAGCCCAAUCUCCAGACCUUAAUCCAAUUGAGAACUUGUGGGGUGAUAUCAAAAAUGCUGUUUCUGAAGCAAAACCAAGAAAUGUGAAUGAAUUGUGGAAUGUUGUUAAAGAAUCAUGGAGUGGAAUAACAGCUGAGAGGUGCCACAAGUUGGUUGACUCCAUGCCACACAGAUGUCAAUCAGUUUUAAAAAACUGUGGUCAUACAACUAAAUAUUAGUUUAGUGAUUCACAGGAUUGCUAAAUCCCAGAAAAAAAAAUGUUUGUACAAAAUAGUUUUGAGUUUGUACAGUCAAAGGUAGACACUGCUAUUUUUUUGAACACACCCCUUUCAACUAAUUGCCCAAUUGCACAGCCUUAAGAGCGUGCAUAUCAUGAAUGCUGGGUCUUGUUUGUUUUCUGAGAAUCUACUGAACCUACUGGUAACUUGUUUGCCACGUAGCAAUAAAAAAUAUACUAAAAACCUUGAUUAUUCUGGUUAGUCACAUUGUACUGCUAUUAUUUUGAACAAUACUGUAUGUGUAAAGAGGCAAAAUGUUGCUUGUGCAGCGCAUGUUCCUCUUUGUGUGCCUGUGGACUUGGGUGGAUCUCCAUCACAAAUUUGCUUGUCAAUCCAUGAGCCUGACCUUCAUAGUUUUUGCCGAUUGGGGAGAAUAAUGGUCACAUACAACACGCAAAAGAACACCUGGCAUUGUCCCUGCACCAAACCACGGACAUCUUGUCCACAUAUACAUGUCUCAAAGUGGCAUCUUUUCCAGACCCAAAGACAUCUCUUCAAGUCAGAGGUGUCCCCAAGCUCAGAAGGUUGCAGUCUCCCAGACACCAUUGCUAUGAAGAGAAGUGUGCAGUACAUUUUUAAAGAAAAAAAAAUUCCAGAAACCCUGCCAAAAGAAAUGACAUCACCAAGAACGAAAAUAGAAUACCCAAAACAGUUCUUUCCUCUUGAGACAACAUGCCAGUUAUGCAUUGGACAUCCUGCACUUGCAGAGGCAGUACUAGUGACUAAAAAGGCUAGGAUUGUCAGCAUGAUGGGCUUGAUAGACAGGAAGUAUGACGAAUGUAAUAAGCAAUUAUAAUCAGUGAUGGAUAGUAUUGUGAUAGGUUGACUUCUGUAUGAUUUUGUGUUUUACAGACAUUUCAACAUACCAUAGGAUAUGUCCACAGUGCAACAUGGUGUAUAGGUACCGGGAGUGGAAAGAAGGUCUUCACAACUUUGACAACCACAUUUUUCUCACCCUUGAACUUUGUGUGUUCCUCAGAGAAAAUGUUACAAACCAUGUGUCUGUAUCAAGAGUUGUGGAUUCAUUGGAGGGGUUAAGAGGAGAGAAGUACCCAUCCAGGAAUAUCAUUUUCCAUGCCUAUUGUCACUUUGAGGCUUUGACUGACACUGAGUAUACUUACUCCUGUGUCAAUUGUGGUUUUUACCCACCUGUGGUACUCAUGGACUUACACAGAAAAGGUUUUUUUAAGCUGGCAGUCAGUGAUCUCAAGGCACCUCUUGAUGACUACAGCGGUGAACAUGACAUUGACAGUUUUUGGAAUUCUGUUCAUCUUGCAAUGAUAAGUCAAGGUUUUUUCCAAAGCAGUGCAAACAACCCUUUCACUGUCAGCCCAAGUUAUGAACACUGGGCACCCUGGAUUGGGAGUGAAACGCAGGGAAGUGGCACUGUUCUUAACACUGAGUUCAAAAAAGUGCCAACAUGCUCUUCUUCAACUGAAGCACAGCUGAGCAGUGUUACUGAGGACCAUCUGAUUGAUGAGCUGGCAAAACAAAAGGUUGGAGUUGUGAGAAAAUUGUGCAAAGCCUGCAACAUCGACACCAAGGGCUCCCGCCUUGAUCUCAUAACAAGAUUAAAGGAGAACAUGAAGAUCAGGCAAACUUACGACAAGGUCUUUCAAAGCAUAUGGGGUGCAUCUGGUGGAUGGUCUGUAAUACUUUGCCCACAUGGCAUUGCAUACAACAUCAAAUUUAACCUGCGUGCAGAAAGUCCUAGGGACUUUGCUGACCUUCUGAUUUCCUGAAAGCAUUUCCCAAAUGUCUGUGUGUAUGAUUUUGCAAGAGGUUUGGCAACACACACCAAUUUGCGGGUUCCUGAUUCCAUGCCUUUCCAGCCUUAUGAGGGCAGACUCUCUGAACCCACAGAAGAGAAUGUUAAAGCUGCCAAGGAUGGAAAAUUACAGGUUUCACUGCCAUGGCUACAUGAAAGGGUGCACUGUGAGAAGAAAAAUGCUCAUCCAGUCACUGGGUCUACUGAGCACUAUGUGCUAUAUGAUCGAUUCCAUGAGAAGAAUGCCACUGUCCCUGAGCUGAAAGGGUGGUUUAAUAGCCAAGUUGCUGAGCAGUUCUUUGCCAAAAUGCGCAUAAGUAACUACUUCUUCAACAACAUGGCUCCAUCAACCCAUGUAUUUCUUAUGAGAAGUGUUAUCCAUCAUCAUAACACCUCCACAAAUAAAGCACUUCUUGAAAAGCAGUUAAAUACUGGACGCCGACUGGAGCUUCUGAGCACCAUCACCCUAUCUGCUUUGGGACAAGCUGUCAUAGCCCAACAAUUGGAUGCAUCAAAACGUCAAAGCACAACUGUGGUGGCCCAGUCAUCUUCAGCAACAGAAGUUGGCCAUUGUGGGCAGCAUUGUGCAACACUUACGGCCCAUCAGCAACCUUAGGCCCUGCAGAACAUCAUGGGCAGCUAGAGGAGAUCAUCCCCUCCAAGAACAGCUGAUCAGCUAUGUCCUGGAUGAGCGUAGGCCUGUCAAAGAAAUAAUUAUUAAAGAUGGUCCCACGUGUUUGACCAGGGAGAAUCUGAUAACUUUAGGGCUAAACCGAUUUAAGGACUCAAUGGUGGGUGAAAUAUUUUGUUGAAAAGUGGAAGUACUUAAUAUGUUUUGAUUGUAAAUUCAAUAAGCAAGAAAUUAAGUAAAUAAUGUGCACAGGUGGGAAAUGCCUGUUUGAGGCUUGUAAAGGAGAUGGUCGAUUUACAGGUAUGUAUAUUUUAGUGGGACCUAUCUGAGUUCUUUGUAGUACAAUGAAGGAAGUAAGUCAAAUGUCUUUCUGUAGGGGAAAAGUGUCUUUAUUAUCAGCCUCCACAUCCCCCCAACAUGGCUCCCACCCUUGAAUUGUGACCCUCUUUGCAGUCUUCCUAACUUACCUACCCAUUUGUACAACAACAAUACUGAUUUGAAUUGACCACAUGCUUUCUUUAAGGUCGACUCCACAGAGAAAGAUGCACUUGUUUUCCCGUUGUGGACACAAGGGGAUUUUAUGCUAUGUGUAAGUGAUGCAUGCAUUUCAAAAUUUUGUCAAGCUACAUUGUUGCUGUGGAAAAGAAGCAUAUGAAGAAGAAUCGAAAUAUUCCACAUGAAAGGUUAACUUGUUGCCAAGACUAUUCUCAUAGGUGAUGAUGCCACUCAAAAGAGAAAUACUGUUCCUCGAUUCGCUGAGUGCCCAGCGAAAGCAAAGCUUUGGUCACAAGCCCUACCGAGACAUCUUGAGGUUACAACAGGAUGAUAUAUUUCGGCAGUCAUGUUCCCCUGACUUGCCCAUGUUAAUACAUCUAUUCUUGGCGGUCACGUUCCCCUGGCUUGCCUAUGCUAAUGCAUCUUCCGACAGUCACGUUCCCCUGACUUGUCCAUGUUAAUGCAUCUACUCUAGGCAGUCAUGCUCCCCUGGCUUGCCACGGCUGUUUGGAUGAACUAUGCAUAGUUAUAGUGUUUCCUCACGUUCAGAGGAUGUAAGCAUUGUUGGCAUUUCAUGUUUAACUAAAUGUUCUGCAUUUCUGAAACUGUUUGUGGUCCCCAGCUGAAUUAUACCGUGUACACUUAUAUUUAAAGUAUUCUUUAUUUUUAUCAGGGCUGUUGCACAAAAUCUCAUACCUGGGCCAUGGAAAGAACAGUCAGCCCUGGAUGUUGAGGGGCUACAUUUUGGGAUUGACUGUGGAGUAUUCAUGGUUAUGUAUACCUGGUACAUAACUAUGGAGGCAGCAUUUGAUUUCACAGUUUCUGACAUGCCAUAUCUGAGGAGGUGGUGGUGCAAGGUUUUGCUGGAGAACCUUGAGAUUGAGGGACAUGGUCGCAGAUUUGCACAUUUUACCCAGGAAGGCAGGAAGAUGGGGGAUGGAAUUCUACAGCCUUUCUUUCGUAACCCUAGAAAAAGGAAACAAAGCACUUGUUUUGGAUAAAAGUAGCAUGUAUAAAUGUGCAACAGUUUUAUAAUCAAUACAGUUUUUUAUGUUUUUGAAGGAACCUCCACUCCCAAUAAAAAGGGUUCCACAGGAUGGCACAGUGGCCACUGACAUUAUGCAGGCAUCUGUUCAUAAUCACUUUGAUGUUGAUGAAAAUUGCUUGUAAUGUCUCUAUAAUAAUCAUGUUUCAUAUCUACAGUUGCCAAAUCACAUUCUUCAGAGGAUCCUUGUCCAUGCUGUUUUGGAAGAUGGUUGCUCUGCAAUUUUGAGGCUGGCUUUAACAUGCCAGAGAUUUAACAACAUUGUCAGCCAGGAGCAUUUUCAACAGGAGGCACACUUCAGCUGGCUUGAUAGUGAGUGCAACAAGUGUGGUUGCAUCAUCUAUAACAAUUUAGUUAUGUUAAUCACACUUCUUUUAAUUUUCCUCCGUUAAAGAUUUGUUCAUUUAUUGUCUGAAAUGUGUGACUUAAUGUGCUGUCGUGAUUGUGCUUUGAUACUGAACAGGUGUUGUGAAUUGGUAUACACCGGCAAAUGUACAGGAAGCCUUACACCAUCUCUAGGUGUAGCCGCCUCUCGUGCAGCCAGAUUUACAAAGACUGUGGGGCUGGCUACCAGGGAAAUGGACAACGUGGAGUGCUUCGGGUUUUACUCCUCAGAUGACCACCCUGGCUAUUGUAGCUGGGAUUGUUUCUUAGAGGAUGGAGGACAAGAAUAGUUUUGUGUGUGUGUGUGUGUGUGCACACUUGUUCAUGUGUGUUGUUUAUAGAAUGUUUUUACUUUAUUAAACUUGGUUAAAUUGUGGAAAUGUGGAUUAUUUAUGAUUUCACUGUUGCUAAUUUGUACAUGGACAAUUCCUUGCAAAUCUCUUAUCAUGCCAAGUAUGUUAUGUUCAUAAGUUACCUUCAUUGUUUAAAUACACGUGCGCAAUGUCUGUUAAAGUUAUUAAAGCAUUUUCCCCAUACUUUGAUAUUUUCAAAGCAAAAUGUAUAGAGUUCCUACAGCAUAUGUUCUCCCAAAAAACUGUCUUUUUUUGUCUAAUCUAAAACGCAUAACAUUACAUGUUUCACUCAUCUAAAA